UACCUUACGUACAGUUAAUCAAAACAAUUAUUUAUUUUCUGUCUAAACCAUUAAAUAUACUUUUUACAGACACAGCCAGAGCACUGAGAGAUAUCAGGAAUUGAGUGAAUAAGGGAACCUUCUUCCUGAGCACAGGCAUUGGAGCCUGUUAUCAGCAUGAACUCAUAUGUGUUAGACAAACACUUGAAUAGUUCAUAUCCAUCCUUCACUAUAGGAAGCAUCCGAAUGUUACUGCAAACUCCAAAAGUCUUAGACACUAAUGACUAUUCACAAACAUUGGGGAUAUCACAGCAGAUAUUUAGAGAGGAUGGUGACUUGGCAGGAACUGGGCAGCAAUCAUUAUGUACAGAGAGUAAUUUAGUCAUCAAAGAAGAGGACAACAUUUAUGACUUAUCUAGUGAAAUGAUUAUCCCAGAGGAUAAACCACACACAUUUACUGAGUACUCAAAAGAUAUUAAAGAAUGGAAAAGUCUACAGUCUAGCCAAAUGAUGCAUUCAAAGGAAAAAACUUUCAAAUGUACAGAAUGUGAGAAAAGCUUUAGAUGCAAGUCUCACCUACUAGAACACUACAAAAUUCACACAGGUGAGAAACCACACACAUGUACUGAGUGCAGCAAAUGUUUUACACAAAUAGAACAUCUGAAAACUCAUAAAAAGAUUCACACAGGAGAAAAUCCUUUCACAUGUACAGAGUGUGGAAAAUGUUUUACACAAAAGAGUAAUCUGAAAACUCAUGAAUGGAUUCACACAGGGGAAAAGCCUUUCACAUGUACACAGUGUGGAAAAAGUUUUACACUAAAGUGUAAUCUGAAAAAUCAUGAAAGGAUUCACACAGGGGAAAAGCCUUUCGCAUGCACAGAGUGUGGAAAAAGUUUUACAGAAAUGAGUUAUCUGAAAAGUCAUGAAAGGAGUCACACAGGGGAAAAGCCUUUCACAUGUACAGAGUGUGGAAAAAGUUUUCCACAAAAGAGUAGUCUGAAUGCUCAUGAAAGAAUUCACACAGGGGAAAAGCCAUUCACAUGCACAGAGUGUGGAAAAAGUUUUACAGAAAUGAGUGGUCUGAAAUAUCAUGAAAUGAUUCACACAGGGGAAAAGCCUUUCACAUGUACAGAGUGUGGGAAAAGUUUUCCACGAAAGAGUAGUCUGAAAGCUCAUGAAAGAAUUCACACAGGGGAAAAGCCGUUCACAUGCACAGAGUGUGGAAAAAGUUUUACAGAAAUGAGUAGUCUGAAAUAUCAUGAAAGGAUUCACACAGGGGAAAAGCAUUUCACAUGUACAGAGUGUGGGAAAAGUUUUACAGAAAUGAGUAGUCUGAAAUAUCAUGAAAUGAUUCACACAGGAGGAAAGCCUUUCACAUGUACAGAGUGUGGGAAAAGUUUUCCACGAAAGAGUAGUCUGAAAACUCAUGAAAGGAUUCACACAGGGGAAAAGCAUUUCACAUGCACAGAGUGUGGGAAAAGUUUUACACAAAAGAGGCAUCUGGAAACUCAUGAAAUGAUUCACACAGGGGAAAAGCCUUUCAUAUGUACAGAGUGUGGAAAAAGUUUUACACGAAUGCAUCUUCUGAAAUAUCAUGAAAGGAUUCACACAGGAGAAAAGCCUUUCACAUGUACAAAGUGUGGAAAAUGUUUUAGAGAAAUGAGUAGUCUGAAAUAUCAUGAAAGGAUUCACACAGGAGAAAAGCCAUUCACAUGUACAGAGUGUGGAAAAAGUUUUACACAAAAGAGUAUUCUAAAAACUCAUGAAAGGAUUCACACAAAAGAAAAGCCUUUCACAUGUACAGAGUGUGGAAAAAGUUUUCCACAAAAGAGUAGUCUGAAAACUCAUGAAAUGAUUCACACAGGGGAAAAGCCUUUCAUAUGUACAGAGUGUGGAAAAAGUUUUACACGAAUGGAUCGUCUGAAAACUCAUGAAAGGAGUCACACAGGGGAAAAGCCAUUCACAUGUACAGAGUGUGGAAAAUGUUUUACAGGAAUGAGCAGUCUGAAAACUCAUGAAAGGAGUCACACAGGAGAAAAGCCAUUCACAUGUACAGAGUGUUGAAAAAGUUUUACACAAAUGGAUAAUCUUAAAACUCAUGAAAAGAUUCACAAGGGAAUAAACCUUUCACAUAUUUAGAAAGUGGGAAAAAAUGUUUUACAUCUGGUAUCACAAAACACCAAAUAUUUACACACAAAUAAACUUUAUAUGCACAGUGUACAAACAUUUUUACAAUUAUCCUAAAGAGGACAAACUCUCUAAAUAGAAGCAACAAAAAGGAUCCUAUUGAGAAAGCCCCACUCCUUAGGGGUGAAACGUUGAAGGUGAUAAGCAUACUCUCUGUGGAACUUAAGAAUUUGGAGUUUAUUCUAAACGCAAGGACUCUGCAUACUUAGUACCUAUGUGCAGAGACCUAAGGCUUUCCUGACGGCUGGGAGGUAAAUAGUAACCAUACCAAGACUUGCGCAAGUGAAGAUCGUUACUAAAGAAACCCAGUAUCCUGAGACGCACCAAACACAGCGUACCUGCCGGUGGGGAACAGCCGGACAAGACAUUGAUAAGGAGCAGGUGAGAACGUGUGUGAUUAAGAGCACAGGGUUCCCUGCUCUGAUAAUGUCAGAUAUAAUUAGAGGAGACUAACACGCUUAAUUAAUCCUGUGACAAAAAAAGUGAUACUAUUGGAAAGAGACUGUAUUAGCACACUCAGCACCAAGAGUGUUUGUAAUUUGGAAGCGCAUUUGGAAAGAGGUGGUGAUUGGAUAACCAAGUUGUUUAAGAACAUUGCACAUUAUUUACAAUUGGAGACAGCUGAUACUGUUUGAACUGACUAACAGCAAGUUAAAACUAUGGUUCUCUUAUAUCAAACAUUGCACUGGUGGUUAUAUGUUGCAUAGUGUUUACAUAGGAUACGAUCAGUAAGGAAAUUCAUAGAAGCUCGAUAUACCUAAAAAAAGUUGAAGGAGCAUUUUAUAGUUGAACUAUUUUAUUGUUGAUUAAGCACUGAUAUUGACCUGUUAUUUUAUCAAUUUUUAUAUAGUAUAGUUAAAGUUAUCAGUGAAUAGAAAUUGUAGGCUGUAUGAAUGGUGAUUGUAACUGUUUUGGGCCAAAACGUAUGAUUGAAUUUGUGAUGAUAUUUGAACAAUUUUUUAAUGACAUUUGAAUUGUCUUCAUACUGUGUUUAAUAAAUUAAGUGUUUUGAAGAGCUGACUGCAUCUAGUAAGAAUUUUUUUCAAAGAGGGGAUUUUUAAGAAUUUGUAUUAGUAUUUAACCCACAGCUUUUUUAAGUGCCACCUGAAUUUUCCAAUUUGAUACAAUUAUCCUAAAGAGGACAAACUCUCUAAAUAGAAGCAACAAAAAGGAUCCUAUUGUAAAUAAUAUUUACUAAAUCUCAGUUAUAAAAGCCCCAGAUUGGAUGUGCUCUCCUGCUGUCCUUUAUUCCUCUAUAUAUGUGCACCUCAGUUUCUCUCAUAUCAGUGUGAUAGACUCCAAACACCACACAGGAAUAUACAGAUCUGUCCUCAUACUGACCAGUUUACACAACCAUUCACCACCAAAGCACCCCCAGUGUUGUUUAUUAAUAUGCCAGUGUUAGGAGUUGUACGUUUGUUUUACAUAGGGGAGACAAUAAUUACAUUUACAGAAUAAAGGAGUCUUUAUAUGAAUAGAGUGUUAGAGACUUAUAUAAACAAGAACAUCAGUCUCACAUGAUUGACAUAUGGGAGAUAUAUUUAAUGUGCACAUCAUGCGGAUAAACCUUUUCUUAUAGCAAUAGAUGCUUAGCAUUGUACAUGUUAUAUACCAGAGGAAUUACUGGGGGGAAACUGAUUUUAUUUAAUGAGACACAAUAUCAGUAACCGGUACAUACGUGAUCAUAAUCAGUUUCAUUUAAAUGGCUACUUUAACCUACAUGUAUACUGGGUAUGUAAUAUGUGUGUCAUGUUCUGUAACUUGAUAUUAUGUCUGUUAUAUGUUUUCAUGUUAGUUAGAAGCCACAAGAACUGAUAAUAGCACAUACUGUAUAUAUAACAUUAUAUAGAACAUUAUAUGUCUGAUAAAUCCCUUUGUAUCAAGAGCACAAGUGUUAGGUAUAUUUAUACCAUUGUGUACGUAUAUCAUGUAAUGCUGCUUUUUACUAUAUAAUGAUAUACAAUGUUUUUUCAAGCAAAUAAAAAGUGAUUGUAAUCCAAA